GGUGGAUUAGAUGCGAUAUGCGACGUGUGGGACAACAAGACAGCAAGAGCCCGGUUGCACAGGGUCACAUUUGUUCUCGGCGUAACAGCAGACGCCAAUGGUAUUAGGAGCUGAAGAGGGCGUUACAGGGAAAAAGUCUAUGUAUACAUACUCGUACUCCGAGAUUAGGUUGUUCUACCACAGAUGCCUACAAAGCUCAACUUGCUCGCAAGCUCGCCAAUCUCUUCGAUCGGGGUCGCUCGACCUCGCAGAUAGGACAAUCAUGAUCGUUCUCGGGAUGUCCUCCAAUUUCACGCUGCCAAUCCACCUCUUUCUGUUGAGCCAGUAGCUCACGUCUGGCCGUCCAAUAUGCUCUUGG